AUGAACAUUCAUGUUUUGUAUGCAAAAGUCCUGAUGGUGAUUUUAUGAAAUGUUCCCUAUCUAAGUGUGGCAGAUCUUACCAUGAAAAAUGUUUAAGCAGAUAUGACUGUGGUAAUAAAGAGAAGAAUAUAUGUCCACGCCAUACAUGCCUCACUUGUUACAAUGAAAAUCCGAAGAAUGUAAUGGCUAGAAAAGGAACUAUGUUGCAGUGUACUGAAUGCCCAACUGCUUAUCAUUCUUAUCAUACAUGUAUUGCUGCUGGAUCAAAGAUGGUGGGACCAAACAAAUUAGUGUGCCCAGAUCAUUUUUUGGGAAAGCACAAAUCAUCAAAAGAGCAAAGGAAAAUACCAAGAAAGUACGAAUCAUCUAAGAAAAAAAGAAAAACGGCAAUAAAGCAGAAAUCAUCAAAUGAGCAAAGGAAAAGCCAAACCAUCAAUGUUUUAUAUUGUUGUAUAUGCUGCCAAGGUGGAGAACUGGUUUGUUGUGAGACUUGUCCAAAUGCAUAUCAUAAGUCCUGCAUAAAUGUUGAAAUAUCUGAGGGAGAUUUUUUUUGUGAAGAUUGCACAAAGAGGAAGCAUUUAACUUAUGGAGCAAUUAUCUGGGGAAAGACAGGAAAAUACAGAUGGUGGCCAGGAAAAAUAAUGCAUCCAGAUAAUAUUCCACAGAAUGUACAGAAAAUUAAACAUCUUGAUGGAGAUUUUCCUGUUUUAUACUUUGGAACUGGUGAAUAUGAUUGGUUACACAGGGGACGUGUAAUUCCUUAUGCUGAACAUCACAAGGAAAUGAUUCUUGAAGGGUCAUCAGCAGUGAAUACAUUAAAAAUUAAAUUUAAGAAAAGUCUUAAAGAAGCAUCUGAAGCAUAUGAUGAAUAUCAGCUUCUCAGAGCCAGCGAAAACAACAUGAGUGAAGAACCAGAGGAAUAUAAACCUCUCAAAGUGAACAAAGCAGUUCCUCCUGCUCAGAUAGUGCCUUUAGAUGUAACAGCAUCUAGCUCACCUUGUUUGUGUGAUCCAUCUACAGACAAUCCAUGUGGUCCAGAAAGUUCAUGUUUAAACCUGUCAUUACUGAUGGAAUGUCAUUCAGGUAUUUGUAAUGCUGAUGAUCGAUGCAAGAACAGAAGAUUUCAAAAGAGACAGUAUGCUUCCGUUAAACGUAUAAGAACAAGGAAUCGUGGUUGGGGUCUUAUUACUUGCCAAGAAAUUAAGAAGGCUGAUUUUGUCAUUGAAUAUGUUGGAGAAGUUAUUACUUAUAAGGAAUAUCGUAAGAGGGCAGAGACAUUACAAGCACAUGGAAAAUCAAACUUCUAUUUCCUGCAGCUGGAUUCUACUCGUAUAAUUGAUGCUGGCCCAUGUGGAAAUGCAGCACGAUUUAUUAAUCAUUCAUGUGAUCCCAAUUGUGAGAUGGUUAAGUGGUCUGUUAAUGGAGAUGUUCGUAUUGGUAUUUUCGCAUUGUAUGAUAUUGCUGCAGGUGAAGAACUAACAUUUAAUUAUGAAUGUGAUACCAGUUGUCAACAGAAAUGCUUUUGUGGCUCUGCGAAUUGCAGUGGUAUCAUUGGGAGAAAUUCGUCCUCAUCUAUGGAAAAAGGGUCAUCUGCUGAAGAGUUAAUCAAAAGCUUUCCGCCCGGUGGCGAAAGUUAUAGUAAAGCUUUAGAACAACUGCAAUCGCGUUUUGGGAAAGAAGACCUUCUUAUAGAAGUCUGUGUUAGAGCUACUUUCGUUAAAUCAAAACUUAGAGCAUUAGAAGUUGUGGGUGUUGGUAGAGAUAAAUAUGCGGCAAUGUUAUAUCCUCUAGUCGAAUCAUCAUUGCCAGAUGAUACAUUAAGAGCAUGGCAAAAGUUCCGAGUUAUUAAUCACAGUCAGAGAGAAUCUGAAAGUAGUGAGCAAAAAGAGAAAAAUUCGUCAACACAUCGCAUGGAUUUAGACGGUUUGCUUUCAUUUUUGCUCGAUGAAAUUGAAGGUGAAGAGAGAGUAUCUAGAGCUACUCAGUGCUUUACUAAAUAUCAGACCUAA